AUGAUUCGACGACGCGGUCGGAAUGGUGGCGGCCCGGGAACAAACAUGGUAUCUCUGCGGCAAAUCGGUGCUGCUGGCUUGCGCACGUGCCAAUUUGGCGGCAAUCCAUCACUUCUUGACAUGGAGCAACAGGUUGAACCUGCUUCUGAACCUGCACGCGUGACGAGGAUGUACAUGUAUCUCGCGCAGCUCGCCAAGCUUGGUAAUCGCGAAUGGCUGCGCCACCACACCACACCGAGAGCAGCAAGGGCGUCUUGCAGCUGCAUGGAGGCCGAACGACAGCGGGUUUUCUGGGCGCGUCAGGUGCCGCAAUGA